GAGUCUCACCCAUACGAUAGGCAAUAUCCUUAAAUUCCGAAGUGAUAAAUAAUUUUUCUUGUUUGUUUCUCUUUUAAAAAUCCUUUGUUUUUCUUUCUCUAAUGGCUACCGUAUCCAAACGUAACAACCAGACGGCAAAGGAACGAAACCGAGAUGCUCCCAUAACGCCACUGCGCCGGCUGGUCAUCCCACGACCGGACAUCCUGCACACCUAUUUGGACUACAGGCAGAUCAAUCAGUAUCUGGAGUACCUGGCCCAGCGGUAUCCCCACUUCGUACGCAUGCACAACUUGGGUCACACGCACGAGAAGCGGGAAGUUCGAGCUCUAGAGAUCAACUGGAUGAACUCGGAUAACGUGGAGCUAUCCCCGCAGAUGCGGGAGCAAUCACCGCGGCCCUUCGAUCUCGCCGCCAAUGGACGAUCCACCCUUCCGGUGGUCCACCAGGGUGAGCACAGCCGGAAGACGGUCUUCAUAGAGGCGGGAACUCAUGCACGUGAAUGGAUCACCAUCUCCACGGCCCUUAAUUGCAUCUACCAACUAACCGAGCGGUACACCAGGAAUAUAGAGGUGCUCCGCAAGCUUCGCUUUAUCAUCGUGCCGCUGGUAAAUCCCGAUGGUUACGAGUACUCUCGCACCAAGAAUGCCAAGUGGCGCAAGAACCGGCGGCCCCACAAAUCCAGCAAAUUUGUGGGCACUGAUUGCAACAGAAACUACGACAUCUUCUGGAACAGCGGACCCAGCAAGAUCAACCGCAACACCUACAAAGGGGAAUGUCCGUUCUCCGAGCCGGAAACGCGGGCCAUGAGGAAUAUGCUCAACCGGAUGAGCUCCAAUUUGCUCUUCUUCCUGUCGCUUCACUCGUACGGCCAGAGCAUUAUGUAUCCGUGGGGCUACUGCCGUGAAAAUCCGCAAUACUGGCGCGAACUGAGCUCCCUGGCCAAUUCGGGAAGGAGUGCCAUCAAGUCGUACAACGGACGGGAGUACCGAACGGGGAGCAUUAGCUGUCUGACCAAGCGAACGAUUGCCGGAUCCGUUGUAGACUAUGUGUAUGGAGUGCUUAAGGUGCCGAUGGCUUUGGUGAUGGAGCUGCCGUCACGGGAACUCGGCUUUCAGCCGCCCGUCGAGAUGAUCAGUCAAAUUGGACACGAGAGCUGGUACGGAAUUCGUGAGAUGUGCAAACGCUCCUAUGACCUGCGCCAUCAGAUUGUUCGUGAAAAUGAACCGCAACUUCCGCGUCCGGCGCACUAUGAUCCGAGUAACGAGGGCGGGGCAACUGAAAGUCUGACCAUGUCUGUGGAGGAGUCCACCGCGGCAGCAGGCGGCGAUUGUGCCAGGACCAAGCCGAAAAAGAAGCGGACGAAGCGCACGGCUCUGGCGACGCACGAUGAGAUCCUCCGAAUUCAGAGGGGUUUCAAGGCAAGUGAACCGAGUGUCCUGCCCGAAGGUAUUCAAGCCCUGCCCGCCGGUCUCUUUCCCCGGCAGUUGGAACCGCGUAUUGCACCUGUGAGGCGAUCCGGACUCAGUCGUGAUGGAAGGGGCGCUGGCGAUGGUGUAAUCCUCACCAGCCGUGGCAAACCUCCUAUCUCGUCCACAAUGCCGCUGGGAGUGUUUCUAUAGGCUAAAAAUUGUGUUUGUGAUUAGUGCGAAAAUGUUAUAGAUUUACGUUUUAAAUUAAAUGUGUAGGCUUUAUUCAAAUCCUACAGAAAUGUCAA